AUUCCAACCUCCCAAGUGCGCAUGAUAACGUAUAUUUCUUUCGUCAGAUGGCCUGACAGUCUCUAUCUAAUGUUUGAAAUACUUAUUUUUUCCCAGGCACUUCUGUAUACAUACUGCUGAUUCAUUUCAUGUGGAGGUCGGCUAUAAAGGGAGCCAUGCUUCGAGGGCGGUCUAGCAACCCCUCGGUGUGAGUUUACUCGGGCUCUCUUCUUCAUUCAUGGCUGCCACCGACAAAUCUCUGCGAGGCGCCCGAAACCAUCUGUACCCGAUUCAGGCGUGGUAUUGCAUUGGGCUUUUCAUUUUCAUCAUUGCCAUCUUCCAGUGGAUUUCCUUCUUUCACUCCAAGUUCGCUGGGAGGCGUCAAAUAACCAACGUCUCCGACCCAGAACAUGCUUCUGUACACCGUCGCCGCGCUUUUUCUUGGCGUCGCAUUCCAUUAGGACUUGUCAAUGCAUACCGUGUCAUUUCUUUCCGCUGGACACUCGAAUUUGGCAAGUCAUACGCCCUCAAUAUGGCUGAGGUUUUUGUGACCAUGGCAUACAUCAUUUUUCUCUUUGUAUGGGCAUUUAUCAACACAACUGACCUUGAGGGCCGCACAUUGGACAUUACAUACUGGUGCAACCGCUCGGGCAUGCUGGCGGCGAGCCAGUUCCCACUGAUCACUGCACUUGGAACUAAAAAUAACAUAGUAUCCUUAAUCACCGGUAUCAGCUAUGACAAGCUCAACUACGUCCAUCGCAUGAUGUCUAGAGUCGUUUUUAUCUUGCUCUGGGCUCAUGGAGGCUGUGAGGUUGUCCGAAAUGCACCAUUCCAACCGUACUUCGCGCAGCAGUGGCUCAUAUGUGGCUUGAUUGCCAUGAUCGCAUUUACCAUUCUAUGUAUUGUCUCCUUGCGCCCCAUCCGAGCACAAGCAUAUGAACUUUUCUUCUACGUUCAUUUCGCCAUGGUGUUGAUUUUCCUCAUCGGUGCUUACGUCCACACACAAAAUUUCGCAUUCGCCUUCUGGAUCUACCCCUGUUUUGUAAUCUGGGGAUUGGACCGCCUCAUUCGCUUCCUUCGUCUAGUGGUGUUUAACCACUCAUACUUUGGAUUCAAGUCAGGAUCUACGAUGGAUGCAACCGCUGAAGUCCUAUCAGAUGAUUUUGUUCGGUUACGUUUCCACCGCCCCUCUCAUUUCCACUGGACGCCUGGGCAAACUGCCUAUCUUAUCAUGCCGUCCGUCUCACGCUUGCCAUUCGAGGCCCAUCCUUUCACCAUUGCGAGCUUUAAUUCUACCCUUUUUGAUGUGCCCGAGGAACAGAAACCAACAAGCGAAAAACAUGCUGAGAAUAACCUCACAGAAGGGAAUCUUGGUUCUAGUGCCCCAUUCUGGAAAGAACUCGUAUUUUUCAUAAACGUGAGGGAGGGAUUCACUGCGCGCUUGAAAGAAGCUGCCUUAAAAGGUGAUAAAGUCAAAGUCUUUGUCGAUGGACCAUACGGGCCAUCUCCUAACCUGGGUUCAUAUGACACAUCCGUGCUCGUUGCUGGUGGAUCCGGAGUCUCGUAUGCGCUACCGGUAUUAUUGGAUAUAAUAGAGCGUGUCCGCAACGGUGAAAGCAGGUGCCGUCGUGUUGUUUUCAUCUGGUCAAUUCGGAGUGUCGAUCAUAUUCGCUGGAUCAAUGAUGUUCUUAUCCGAGCACUCCGGCUUGCACCUCCUUCUUUGUCCAUCUCAAUCCACAUUCACGUUACCGGUGUAGCAACACCUAUUGAGACUUUACCACAAUCGCAUGGUUUAAAUGAUGACGCCAAACCUGCGCGCGACGAUUCCCGCUCCGAGGUGGUAGAGUCGCAAGAUGGAAAAGAUACGGAAAUAAGCAAUAACUCCCUUUUCGCCAUAGAGUCAGUCAAGCUUGCACGUGGAAGGCCCGACCUCCCAGCUAUCCUCAGAGAUGAAGUGACAGCGACGACGGGCAGGAUGUCCGUUGGUGUGUGCGGCUCACAGAGCAUAGUUCGAUCUGUUCGUGGUGCUCUUCGGUUCCCAGUGUCUAGCCCUCUCAGUGUGGCUAACGGUGGGCCGAGUGUGACACUACACAUCGAGUCGUUUGGUUACGCUUGAAAGAUCUUGGUUUCAACGUCUACAUUGAAACUGUGACAGAUCCUAGAUAUGAUUGAUAUUUACGAAAUGAUUAUACGCCCAUGUACUUCAAGCGAUUCUGGCAGAUCCCAGAAAAGGGAUAUAUCUAAUCUUGUAAACAAAGAAUGGGUAACUGGAACUACAUGUAGGUCAGGGCGUGAUU